UUCUAUCUUCUAUUGUAACGUUUCGUCAUAAAUUAGCUAAACCACCCUCAAGUAACGCAGUUUCAUCUAAAAAAGUGCAAUUACGGUACCAGUCAACUAACAAUUGUAUUGAAGUGAUAACAAUAAACCUUGAAAUACGCAAACACCAAUUAAGCUCCCGUUCGAGACCAGCAACCCCACAUAUAUAAAAGUACAUUUUUGGUGGAAAGCACGUACUUUAAGUUACCUUCUAUCACUACCUGCUGUACCUGCGUUUCCGCCGGGCUGAUGGCGUUCCCUUUGUGCUUCUCCUCUCCUCCCCUGUCUCCUAAACAUCAUCAUGAUGAACUGAUGAUGCCAUUUCAAAAGGCGCCAAGAAGAUCAUUCAUUUCGUCUCCAAAGGUCAUCACUACUUGUCAACCAAAAUUGAGCAGCAGCAGCAGCCUCUACUUUUAUCAGAAAAGCUCAUCCUCCAGAUCUGCAUCCGCCUCCUCAUGUACGUACGCCGCCAGCGCCAGCACGGUGUUCAGCUUGGCAACAACAGCAGUUCUCCCAUUUUACGUGCUCAUGCUUCUCGCUCCGAAAUCAAACAUCACAAGGAAGUGCAUGGGAAGUAUGAUACCGUACACAGCGCUGGGGCUUGUGUACGGAUAUGUGGUGUACCUGUCUUGGACGCCGGAUACCUUGCACCUGAUGUUUGGAAGCAAAUACAUGGUGCCUCAGGUUUGUGCUGCAUGCUAUGCUACAUAAAUCAAAAUCACAACAGUGGUCGGUUUCCAAGGAGCUGUUACUGAAAUGAUUUUGACAUUUGAAAUCCAUCAGCGUGUUGGGAAGAAUUCCCAGAAUACAGCAAAAAUUAUACAUAAUUCUCUGAAUACAUAAGUUUUAUAAAAUUUUCCCAAACUACCCAAGUUUCAAAGGGUUCGAGUUUAUGGGACUCGAACUACUCACCAGUUCGACGAUAAGAAACUCGAACUAAAAGCGGAUCGACUUUUAAACACUCGAUCAACAGUGGUUCGACUUUAGAAGACUCGAACAACUAUGAUCGAUCACAAGGGACUCGAUCUAGGUAGCUCGAGUAUGGAAAACUCGAUCAAGUAAGAUCGACUUCUAAAACCUCGAUGUAUUGCAACGACUUUAAAUCACUCGAUCUUAGUCUGGACUAGAUCGAGGCCUUAAGACUCGAACUACUGGCCCACAGACAUGCUUCAGGAUAGGGUUGCAGGGAUAAGAUUUUUGUUGUCAUAGAUCGAGUUUUAGGGACUCGAACUAGUGUAGUUCGAUUACACUAAACUCGAACUACUUACUCAAUCAUUCUGUCCAGUCGCUUUCUAUCCGACAUGCGCCAGAAUAGGGCGCAGGGGGGGGGGGGAAUUAUUGGUCGACAUAAAUCGAGUUUAAUGAACUCGAACUAGUGUAGUUCGAGUGUAUUGGACUCGACCCACUCCAUCAGUUUACGAUAAAUAAAAGCCAUCACUUAGCACUUUCUGGCAGCACUCUUCCUUUCUAUCUUCUUUCUUCCAAACACAAACUGGAGAAGGUUGUUGUCCAUCUCCAUCCCCACAAACUUUCGCACCCUCAGCAAUCGCGCUCUUUCAAUGAAGGGCUCGAUACGAUCAUCCCAUUUAGGCAAGCGAGAUAGCGACCGAUGGGUGAUUACGUCAAGUUGUUCCUGUAGAAAAAAAAACAUUAAUUAUUAUACAAAAAAAUUAGAAGAAUACUAUCACAUUAAAAAAAAGUACAUGAGGAAGUGCCUACCGGAUCUGCCGCCCAAACACUUUCAGACCGAUGGUAAGGUUGCUCAUCCAACAAAUCGGUUUCUCGCGGUCCACCUUGAAUGUAUAAUCUAGGAUCGUAAAUACUCGGAUCCAUCUCGACAAUUUUGAGUGAUAGAAGUACCAAACUAAAGAAAAAAAAUUUGAUGCGGAAGAUCGGGCUUAGCCGCAACCACAGAGCAUAUUUUUUUCUUCAAGAGUGGUGGGAGGAAGAGAGGAAGAAGAAUGGAGUGGUGUGAGUUUUGGUGGAAUAUGAGGGGGGUAUUUAUAGGUUCUGUGGGAGAGUGGAUCGAGUUUACAAAACUCGAACUAGUGCAUCGAUUUUUGGGCACUCGAUCCGCGUCAAAAGCAGAUCGUGGUUAGGCGCAUCGAACGAACCAGAUCGAGCUUAGGGUAAUCGAUCAACGGUUGAUCGAGCCUGACUUCAGCGAUCCGCGUCAAGUUGAUCGAUUAAAUGAAAAUCGAUCCACUGCAUCGAGUUUCACGCACUCGAUCCGCGUCAUCCCUGCUUCGCGGGUUUGACACUCGAACGGCCUAGAUCGAGUUUAGACCACUCGAUCAACGGUGGGGCGCGCCUGACGUCAUCGAUCCGCGUCAACUGGAUCGAUUAGAGCUGACUCGAUCCACUUACCUCGAGUUUACCGCACUCGAUCCGGGUCAUCACUGCUUCGCUGGGUGAGCAAUCGAACGACCCUGAUCGCGUCCUAGUACAUCGAUCAAUGGUGGAGCGCUGCCCAGCUCAUCGAUCCACUUCAUGUGGUUCGAGUGUGCCAUCCUCGAUUCACCUGGAUCGUGUUUUUGGCAGUCGAUCCGGUUCUAGUUCGAGUUUUGUGAACUCGAACUGUGUCAAACUUUGGUAGUUUGGAAAUUUUUUUUAAAAGUUCGGUAUUCUGGGAAUUUUUUUUAAUUAUUACUGUAUUUUGGGAAUUAAUCCCAGCUUGUUGGAGUAACGAAGAUGUUUGCCAGCGACAUGAGGCUGACUUCGGCGUGGAUUCAUAUGGUGGCGGUUGACCUCUUCGCGGCCAGGUAGUCAUCGUUUCAUUGGGAUAGAUACAACAACAGUUGGUUUCCAACGCACUAUAUGUAUAAUGUUGAGUGGCGGAUCCAGAAACUUUUUAUAGGGAUGUCCUCGUCCAAAAAUUAAAUUUAAAUAAAAAUAAAUAAUUUAAUUAAAUAAUUAAUAAAUAAGAAAGUAUUCAACUAGUACAAAUCUUUAAAAAAAAUCACGACGUAUUUUCAAAUUAUAAAAAAAUAGACUCGGUGUCUACACUGCUCAACAAAUCUGUAUAUCAUACUAGAAAAAUUCACGAACUGAUCGCAUAUUUGAUUUCUAACCUUGUUUUUUUUAUGUAACUCAAAGUUGAAAAGACUCUUUCAACACUUCUCGUGUAACCACGAAAUUAAAUCAAAUUAAGAGUAACACGUAAUUAGUUUAAUUGUUAGGUUUUCGAAAUAGUUUAGGAUAAGGAAUAAUUUUUACUAUUACAUAGUGUUUAAAAAGGAACAACAAAUGAGUUGCAACCUAGUGGAGAAUACGUUUAAUAAUAGUAGUGUCCUAGUUUUGAAUAACACAGACUACCACUUAUGUUUUUUAAUCAUAUGCAAACUACAUGGAUAUGAUAAUCGUUUUUUCAAAUUUUAGUGGUGUCCCAGAUUACUAAUUAUAUUUUCUUUUAUUCAUACAAAACUAAUACCGGGGGUUGAAUAAUCGUUAUCCUAAAUUUUAGGGGUUCCGGUCCCAUGUAUCCGCCCCUAACCGUUAUAACCGAGCUGCUACGGAUUGGGAACUCGCUGGAAUCGAGAAAGUAAGAAUACGAAAACAGAAAGCACACGCGAUACACGCCGAUUUACGUGGUUCACUAACACAAUAUGUGUUAACUAGUCCACGGGCGGGCAGGAGAGCCAGUUUCACUAUAUCGAGGAGAUUACAAAGGAGAUGAGAUGCAAAGUAUUUAUACUUCUCUAUGUGGGUCUAAACCUAAUCCAAUAUGUUAAAGAAAACGGUUACAGACCAAUUUGCGAGACUCCCGUGACUUCCAGUCGUAGCGGCUGAUAGUCCGAUUCAAAUUAUAUUAAUAAUACUGGCCUGAAGAAAUAAAUGUUUGAUAUCAUGUAUACGCAGGCAGGUGUAUAAGGCCAAGUCCAAUGCAAAACCCCAAAUUUGGGGGUCUUCAUCUCCAAAUUUGGGGAUUGAUCUCCAUUUUCCCUUCUUUUGCUCCAAUGCUUCAAUCUCCAUAUUUGGGGAUUUUCAUUUUUCUAGUUUUUCCAUUUACUUAAAAAUGUACUUAUCGUAGCCUUAAUAUAAUUUAUUCAUGUUA